AUGUCAAUCUCAUCGCCGCUGGAGGAUGAGGACCUCCUCCGGGAGAUUUUCCUCCGGCUCCCUCCGCUGCCGUCAACCCUCUCCCGUGCCUCCCUCGUAUGCACGCGCUGGCGCCGCAUCCUCUCCGAUCCCCGCUUCCUCCGCCGUUUCAGCAGACACCACCCGGAACCUCCUCUCUUGGGCUUCUUCAAAGGGUCUCGUCUCAGAUAUUCCGCCUUCACUCCCAUCUUGGACCCGCCCGACCGCAUCCCCGCCGAAAGCUUCUUUGUUCGGUUUCUUCACAGCUUGAGGAGACAUCCUCCGUUGGGUUUCUCCAAAGGGUCUCUUGCCUUCACUUCCGUCUUCACUCCCGUCUUCGACCCGCCCAAUCGCAUCCCGGCCCAACGCUUGUUUGUGCCAGAGCACGGGGUGGAUUGGGAAUUACUUGGCUGCCGCCACGGCCUCGCCGUCAUGCUCAGUGAGUCUCUGUGCGAGGUCUUCGUGUGGGAUCCCCUCAACGGCCAGCAGCACCGCGUGCCUUUUCCACCAGAGCUCCAUGACGUCAAAAGGGAGAGUUUCUGUUUGUGCAGCGCCACGGUGAUGUGUGCUGACGAUCAAGAUGGGCAUGUGCACCAGGAUUGCUUCCUCAGCCCGGCCUUCAAAUUGGUCUUGAUCUGCACCAGUAGAGACUUGAAGACAUCAUUCUCUUGUGUCUAUGAAUCAGCGUCAGGUGUAUGGGGGAAUAUUGUCUCAACGUCGACUACAGAUAUGGUUCUGACACUAAGGCCCGGCAUCCUCAUCGGGAGAACAGUUUACUGGUUGUUUCAUGGACGCGAAAUCCUUGCAUUUGAUACUGAAAGGCAGACCCUUUGUGUCAUCGAGAUUCCGGCAGAGGCCCAACAUGUCAACAGCUGGUCCUUUCAGCUCCUACGGACAGAUGACGAUAGUGUUCUUGGCCUCGCCGUUAAGUCGGAACCGGGCAUUCAUAUGUGGGAGGGCAUUCAUAUAUGGGAGAGGAAACUGAACUCUGAUGGUCUUGCCGGAUGGGUGCUUAUGCAGAAAAUCAAUCAAUUGGAGGGGAUCUUUUCUUGCGCCUUCAGAAAUGCAGAGAUGGUGGGGUAUGACGAGGAGUUUAAUGUGAUGAUUCUGUCUACGUACAGUGGCGACUUCAUGCUCCACCUUAAGUCGAUGCAGAUCAGAUUAAUUUCUAAAACGGAUGGGUGGGCUCAUACGGUUUACUUUCCCUACAGAAUUUUCUACACUGCAGGCAGGGGAGUUGGGUGGAAAUGGGUGGAUCCAAAUCUCUGA